AUGCUGACAAAGAAUUUCAAAAAGUAUUUUCCAGCUGACGACAAACUGAUAGCAAGUUACGAAUGGGUUAGGAAUCCAUUUCAUAAGACUCCCGAAGGACUCUCAAUUGAUGAGGAAGAAAAAUUCAUAGACUUCACGACAAGUGGCGAAACCAAAAUACAAUUUAGAAUUGGCAUCGCUUUCACGAGCACACUCGGCCAGAUAAUCUUGGAUGAGUAUUUCGAGAAAUAUCUUUCUUCUGCAUCAGGAUUGUCAUUUGCGGGUGGCAGUUUAGGAACUUUCGUAUUCUCCUUUGUGCUUCAGAAAUCGAUAGAUCUGUAUGGUCUGAGUAACACCUUCGUCUUCAUGGGUGUCAUGACAUUAUUCGUGGUGCCUUUAGCCUUCACCCUUGUCAAACCUCCACCCUGGGUGACACAAGAAGAGGGACGAGGAGAAAGAAGUUUCAUUAAAGGCAGAUUCUUUGUUGUAGAUUCAUUUUGGCCCACUUUGGGUCACCUUAAGAAGAAGAAGCCUGUGGAACAGACAGAAAGUUCCGUCGUUAUUUCAGAUAAACAAUCUUCUGGGACGAAGAGCACACAUAAUACGACCAUUGAGGUGGAAUCAGAAAAGAGUGAAAAUAACGUUGCCACUAUGAGCAUAGAAAAGACUGGCAGCCCAACGACAUUCAAAAUUUUUUCAAAAAAUAACACCUCAAUGGCUGAAAAAGAUUUUCAAAAUGCGGCGGAAGAAGACGCAAAAAUAACGGUAGAGGGACAAAGAUCAGACAUUGAUUCAAAGGAUGGUUCGAAUGAAACUUUGUGUUCUAAUGUGUCAGGAAGUAGCAUCUACCACCAAGCUUCUGAUGGUUCAUUCUUAAGCGGUGAGAAAACUGGAGAAAUAACUGCUGAUGAUACCCGAUGCUCGUCAAAUCAAUCGUUCACUGACAGGGCAUCGAGAGAAAUGUUUGAAGCUGAAAAGUUUAUCGAAGAAGACACCAGCUCGGCAGUUUCAAGACUUGAGCGCAAAUUGGAUGAUGAUGCUUCUCCCACCAUUGAAAAGCAGCCAUUUAUAAUUGAAAAGUAUGUACUGAAAAAAGUAAAGCCACUCGAACCCGCUACAGUAUUCACACCUCACAAAGAUGGCGUUUUGAAGCAAACAGAGGCUAUUCAGAAUAUGGAUGAAAGUCAAGAAAAAUGGGCCAAGGGGGUGACUCAGAAAAAGGAGGAUAUUGAAAAACUCCACCGAGAAGAGCAAAAUUCUGAAGGCGAGUUAACUUUCAGAAGUCGAUCGCCGAUGCCAUCACCUGAAGCCGUCAAGGAGUUUGCGGUGAAAAAGUUUCUUAAAAAGAAGAUUGAAUCUGCUGAAUUUAAUUCACCAUUUGUCUCGUCUGAGGCAUCUAACCCAAACUUCGAGGAGAAUAAAGGGGCUAAACCAAAAAUACCCUCGGCUAAAAGAUCUCUUGGAGGAAACAAAAAGAAACAUCGUAAGGGCAAGGGUUCACAGAAGUACACUCGGUCAAUAACUCAAAAUCCUUCUUUUGAUGUCGAGUGUGGAGAACCUUUUACUCAACCAAAGCAGCAAACGAGGAUAUUGGACAGUGGAUUGGCGGGCAUUGAAGAGCCCCUCUCUAGAGAGGAUGAUAGAAUCCGUAAUGUAUUAGAAACGAACGACGAUGAGAAUUUUCCUUCCUCCUCCAAAACCGAUAGCCUGUUCUUUCCUUACGUCCAAAGCUUCGACAUCAAUUUCAUACGUCGUCACAUUCACGAUGUUAUUUUAGUGUUGAACAUAAAAUGCGUAGUUGCGUCUGAUAGCGCAUUAAAGCACGAUUACGGAAGCAUAAUAGGAUCCAAAGAUGGGAAGUUCUUAGAAGAGAUGGAAGAGUUGUUGGUUUCGAUCGAGCGAGAGAUCGGAAGUUUCGAUAGCGAGGACCGAAACACUUUUAGGAGGAAAUCGAGCCUAUACCCGCGCUUACGGGACAUAUUUAAAAAAAGCGACCGUUACAUAGUGUCUCAUUUUGAGGACGAAAGAAGAGAACAUUUUGGAAAACUUGUUUGUGAACUGAGAGGGUUGUACGAUUACGUGAAGGAGCCUCUUACUCUCAGUAGCCAGCAAAUAUCGUUGCAGCCAGAGGAGUCAUCCUCAUGCUGGCCACCUUUUAUACAUCAAGUCAUUUUCAAAUUAUAUCUCAAUCCGGCAUUUUUGAUCAUUUGUCUCUGCAGGGCUGUCCACCUCAUGACUUUUAUGGGGGUCCUCACUUUCAUUGUGGAUUUUGCAAUGGACAGGGGUCUGAAAGAAAGUGAUGCGAGAUAUUCGGUCACUAUGAUGUCCUUGGGUGAUUUGCUGGGUCGACUGUGCACUGGUUGGAUCACCGACACCAGGCUCAUUAGCUUAGAGAAAUAUAUGCUAUUGGCCAUGGGGCUAAUUGGUGUCAUUUCCGUGUGCUUUCCCUACCUGCCAGCCAAUACUUUACUGCCCUUUAUUUGCAUCUACAGUUUAUUACAAGGAUCAGUAUUCAUAAGGCAUCCAGUGUUGGUCUCAAAAUAUACAAGCUCUGAAGAACGCACUGUUGGAAUGGGUUUCAUGACAUUGUUUUCUGGAUUGCUCGGCUUUCUGAUGCCUUUCUAUAUAGGUCAUUACCGAGAUGAGAUAGGAACCUACAAUCACAUAUUUUUCAUCAAUGGUGGAAUAUGCUUAGGAAUAGGACUCUUAUGGAUGCUAGAAUCGUGGCUAAAGAAAUAUGCUGUCUAGAAACUAAAAACAAAAUUAUUCUCAAAAGUC